CCGGGAGGGAUGCUCGGCCGUGCGGAGACGAGCUCAAGAUGGCAGCCCUGGAAGAAGAAUUCACGUUGUCUACUGGAGUCCUGGGAACCGGGCCUGAAGGGCUCCUCGGCGUGGAGCCGAGUGACAGAGCAGACCAGUUCCUAGUGACGGACAGCGGCAGGACCAUCGUGCUCUAUAAGGUUUCCGAUCAGAAACCCUUGGGGAGCUGGUCAGUGAAACAAGGCCAAGUUAUAACAUGUCCAGCUGUGUGCAACUUCCAAACUGGAGAAUAUAUUGUUGUACAUGAUCAUAAGGUUUUGAGAAUAUGGAACAAUGAAGAUGUAAACCUGGAAAAAGUAUUUAAAGCUACAUUGUCAGCUGAGGUACAUAGGAUCCACUCAAUACAAGGGACAGAACCGUUAGUAUUGUUCAGCAGUGGUGCUGUUCGUGGUUUAGAGGCCUUGCUUGCAGAGCCUCAGCAGAAGAUUGAAACCAUCAUACCAAAUGAAGAAGUGAUUAAGUGGUCACAGUUUUUCAUGGUGUUUAAGCAUCCAGUUUUAAUUUUUAUUACUGAAAAACAUGGACAUUAUUUUGCUUAUAUACAAUUGUGCAAAUCACAUAACUUAAGCAAAUAUACGCUCUUACUUGGACAAGAAAAAUCUGCUAACCCAAAUUUUACUGCAUGUGUGGAUCGGAAAUUUAUCUCCUUGAUGUCAUUAGGCUCUGAUGGAUGUAUAUAUGAAUCCUUGAUACCAAUAUAUUCAAGUGACACAGAAAAUAAUCAGAAAGUAGUGAGAUCACUGCUGCUCAAGACUGUCGUGUCGGGUGCUGCUCACGGUGGUGUUGCCCUCAGCAUUCUGGAUCAAGAUCACAUUGCAGUCCUGGGGCCUCCGCUACCAGCUUCCAAGGAAUGCCUCUCCAUAUGGAACAUAAAAUUUCAGACAUUACAGACUUCAAAAGAGUUGCCACAAGGAACCAGUGGUCAACUCUGGUAUUACGGGGAAACUUUAUUCCUCCUACGUGGGAAACUUCUAACUGUGAUUCCUUACAAGUGUGGUGUGUCAUCGUUGGCAGGCGCCCUUGGAAAACUCCAGCGUAAAGAUCCAGGCACUCAUCCCCUACCACAUUUUGUGAACUGGGAAACCUGUCAGGGGUGUGGACCUGAAUCCUACAGUGAGGAGCAGUCAAGAGUUUUAAGGAGGAAAAAAAUUGAAACGAAUUCACAAUCAAACAUUCCAGGAUCUGAACAACUCUUAUCAGCAAUAAGGAAAGAUUCAGAAAAACACAUUGAAGUAGAGCUACGUAAAUUGUUGGCCAAGUGGACACCGACCUUUCAUAGUGUCAUUGGGGACGUAACGGCAGGACUUCUGGGAAGAUGUAAAGCAGAGCCGUCCUUUUAUCCCCGGAACUGCUUCGUGCCGCUCAUCCAGACACAUGUGCUUUCCUACAGCUUGUGCCCUGGCUUAAUGGAGCUGGCCUUGGAGCACAAGGACGUGCAGCUGCUGCAGCUCUGCCUGCGCCAGUUCCCCGACAUCCCAGAGUCUGUCACCUCCGCCUGUCUGAAACUUUUCUUGAGCAUUGCUGAUGACAGUCUUCAGGACCUUAAUAUCAGUAUGGAUUCAGUGUUUGAUUAUAGUGCCCACAAUGAGAAAAUGGAAGAGCAAAGUGAAAUUCUGCACAACGGCUUCAAUCCCGUAGACAGCAACUGCAGUAACUGUCAUCAGGAGUCGCAUGAAAAGCCUCCGUUUGCACCAGAGACUGCCUUACACCCUGUGACCUCAUGUCCUGUGAUACCCAAGCGAGCGGCUCUGCUAAAUGCAAUUCUUCAUUCAGCAUACAGCGAGGCCUUUCUUCUGCCACACUUGAAGGACAUCCCUGCACAGCAUAUCACUCUAUUUCUCCAGUAUUUGUAUUUCCUUUAUCUAAAGUGUAGUGGGAAUGCUCCUAUGACUCUUCCUGGAAAACACCCUCCAACCCUGAGCCAGAUUAUGGAUUGGAUAUGCUUACUUCUAGAUGCUAAUUUUACUGUUGUGUUAAUGAUACCAGAAGCAAAAAGGCUCCUGACUCAUCUUUACAAGUUUGUGAAAUCUCAGAUAUCUGUCUAUUCGGAGCUCAAUAAGAUUGAAGUAAGUUUUCGGGAACUACGGAAAUUAAACCAAGAACAGCGGAGUAAAGGGUCAUACUCCAUUGAAGUGCUGGAGCUCUUCUGAUGUCACCAGUUUUCCUUCAUGGACAGAUGGAGCUACUUUAUGCAAAUCUUCCUCUUCAUCCAGAAGAGAGUUUUUGUUUGUGACCAUUGAGUACCUGGGUCAUCGAAUAUUGAUGUCCCCCAUCAGAAGUACAGGUUUUGCAGGAAUCCUUUCUAGGUCGUGGACAUCUGUGGGAACAGGUUAUGGAAUUGUUUUUUUAAUAAGCAACUGAGCUGAUUUUAAGUAAGCUUAUUUGUGUACUGAUAAAAGUCUUAAUUUCUUA